GACCGGGCCGAGGAGGGGAGCCCCGGCCCGCGCGGCGUCCAUGGUGGAGGAGUCGGCGUCGUCGUCGGCGGCGCCACCGCGGUGGAGUGACGGAGCAGGGCGGGAGCGGCCCAGGAAACUUCCUCAGAAGAGAUGAAGGGAAGAAACAUGCAUAGUUCCAGUGAGGGAGAUCAAGGGCACGGGGACAUGGAAGACGAAGAAAACCGUGAAAGUACUCAAGCCACUGUUGGCCUGUACAAUGAAGCAGAUACAUGCCCCAUCUGCCUAAGCUGCCUUUUAGGAAAAGAAGUUGGAUUUCCCGAAAACUGCAAUCAUUUCUUUUGUAUGUCCUGCAUUCUUAAAUGGGCUGAGACCCUGUCUUCGUGUCCGGUUGACCGCAAACCUUUUCAAGUGAUAUAUAAACUCACUGCACCAGAAGGCUGCAUUAAGAUUCACGUAAAGAGACAACCGAGAGCAACAGAGGAUAAGAAAAAUGAAUCAUCCUUUAGAAAGGAGUGCUAUAAUGUAAAUACAACAAGUUGUGUGAGGCAAGAGGCAAAUGUAAGAAAAGAACCAUUAAUUGCAAGAUUUUAUAAAGAUUUAAAGAAUAAACACAAGAAUCCUUCAGAUCAAAAAAUAGAAAAAAAGAAAAGUGCAGGAGUAAAAAUAAAUAAGCCUAGAAGACGGAACUGCUCAAAUCACUGCUUCAGAAAUUAUGUUUCCAGUAUAUUUUCUUCUAAUAGUCACACUGGGGAAUCCUUUUGUACCUAUAGAAAUAACUGCAAAGAAUUUACAGAAAUCAAUGAAAUCAGUGCAAUGAUUAGGCAGAAGAGACAAGAGUUGGAAUUGUCAUGGUCCUCUGAUACGUUACCUGGACUUACAAGAGCUGGUGUUAUGCCCUCCAACGCCGAGGCUGAGAUUCUUCCUCUUGCUUCCACUGUGUUGCCAGGAGCAAUUUUUUCGACGAAUAUAGCAUCUUUGGAACAUUUCGAGUCGUGUUGCAAGGGCUACACCCUUGCACACACCCAUGGAGGCGAAGAGAAGAAGCAAGCUUCGGGCACAUCCAACAGCAGAGGAACGAGGAGAAAGCCAGCCGCCGCGCCUGCUCGACGGUCCACACGCAACACCAAAGCCGAAACAGUCACCCAGUCUCAGAGUUCACCCGUGUCCAGUAACUCUGGGGGCGACGCCCCAGACAGCAAUAACUCGUCCAUCAACCUCUUCUCUUCCGCGGACUCGGAAAAGCCGACGAAGCAGGUUCCCAAACGGAAGCCUAAACGAAGGUCCAGAAGAGCGCCUCUAAUGCGAAAGAGGCUGCGGAGUUCUGCAUCCCUCCCUGAAAAAUCCUCUUCCAGCGAGUCUGCCGAAGAAGGAACCACGGAGUCUGACGGUGCCUCGGCGUUAGAGAAGGAACAGCAGGUGGAUGUAGAAAGCAGCGACUCCGGCCUCAAGCCCCUCACAGAUGCAGAGGAAGAGUCCGCUAACGGCCUGGAACCUGGAGCCGGGGAGGAAUGCACAGGAAACAGUGGACUAGAACAGGAGGCGGUGGAAACAACGUAUCCCGAAUCCGGCCCCCUACAGUCGCCAGAACCGGUGGAGGAGGAGGAGGAGGCCGAGGAAGCCGAAAACGAGAAUCCUGAGGAAAGCGCAAGCAUCGAUUUGGAAAGUGACCCCUCUCCGAGCAUUCCUGAAGAAGCCGAAGAACCAGUGGGAAAUCCGCAAGUUAAAACGCCCGAGCCUGUAGAAUCGGUGAUGAAGGGAGAUGAGGCCGUAGAUGGCCCUGAAGACGAUCUGCCCGAGUGCGCCAGAUUUGAGGCUGAAGAGCUUCCACCGGUAAGGAAUGCCACAAGUGAAGAGCUUGAUCAUCCGGAUUCUCCAGAAGAAGCCGCUCAAACCGCAGAGCAUGCCCGAAUUGACACAGUCGAGCACGAAGCACCAGUUAUGGAAGAAGAAAAACUUAGAGAGAGCCCCGAGGCUGACUCUCUCGAGGAUUCCAUCGUGGCAUUAGAUCAGCCGACCGAAAAUUCACAAGAGGAGUUGCCUGGACCUUCGGAAUCUGCAGAAAGCGAUUGCUCUGAAGAAAUAGAAAGGGCAGUAGCCAGCGACGGUCCAAGCCAGGAGGAUUUUAAAAGCGACCAAGACCCUGAAGAGGAUUUACCGAAAGAUGACUUUCCGGUAGACGCGUUUACUCCAUCUCUAGAAGAGAACCGUAGUCCUCUUCCCGAAGAGGUCAGAAGUAUGGAAUUGCCCAGUACAGAGGAUGAGCGGUCCAAUGAGCAAUUUAAUGAAGAUAAUAAUGAAAUGAUCCCUAUGGAGUGUGACUCAUUUUGCAGUGAUCAAAAUGAAUCAGAAAUUGAGCAGCCUCUAAGCAUUGUAGCCAGCCACGAGGAGCCAAAUUCUCUGCAGGAUAGUUCUGAAAAAAUCCCGCCACUUUCCGUUACCACCGGUGGAAAACCUGAAGCGACCCCUCAGGAGGCGGAGAGCUCGGAAGACGGAAAAGAGAAAGCGAAGAAACCUCGAACGCGGAGGUCUCGAUUCCACUCUCCGUCGACAACGUGGUCUCCCAACAAAGACACCGUUCCCGAGAGGAAGAAGUCUCCGUCUCCCUCUCCCAAGAGGGAAAUUGUAAAGGAAAGCCAGAGAUCCCAUUCACAGUCUCCCAAGAAGGAUCCUCCCAGGGGCCGGAGGAGAUCCAGGUCUCAGUCGCCCAAGAGGGAAAACGCAAAAGAGAGGAGGAGUUCGCCACCUCAGUCUCCAAAGAAGGUUACCGUGAAGGAAAGCAGAAGGUCUCAGUCGUCGUCUCCCAAGAAGGACACGGCCAAAGAAAGUAGAAGAUCUCAGUCGAGAACAAAGGAUUCUUCCCCAAGGGAAAAGUCGAGGUCUCGGAGUAGAGACCGAGAGAAUGAAAGAGAUGGGCAAAGGAGAGAUCGAGAUAGGGAGAGGAGGGCCAGGAGGUGGUCCCGGUCUAGAUCGCGCUCCAGGUCACCAUCGCGAUCCAGAACGAAGAGUAAAAGCUCCUCCUUCAGUAGGAAUGACAGAGAUGGUUAUUCUCCUCGCUGGAAGGAAAGAUGGAGCAGUGACAGCUGGAGAAGUCCCAGGGGAAAUGACAGGUACCGAAAGAGUGACCAGGAGAAGCAGAACGAAAAUCUGAAAAAGGAAAAAAAUGAGGUCAGCGUAGAGCCCGAGGACCAGGGCAUGAUGGACAAGCGUAGAAAUGACUGUCCAGAUUGGGUCAUGGAAAAAAUCAACGCCACUCCCGAUUCAAGGAGCCGAAAUCCAGACAGAUUUAAAGAUCCCUACUGGGACGACAACAGGCAUGACUAUUCAGGGAAUCCUUGGCAUAAAAACUUUGGUUCGGGUUGGAUGCCCUUCCGUGGCCGAGGUCACCGAGGGAGAGGUUCUUUCCGAGGGGGCUUUGGCUUCGUGGAGCAGAAUGAGAACCGGUGGCAAAACAGAAAGCCCCUCUCAGGGAAUUCCAACAGUUCUGGGAACGAGUCGUCGAGGUUCGUGGAACAGCAGGCCUACCGGCGUAAGAGCGAACCGGAGUUCGCAUUUGACACCCCCGCGGAUCGAUCCGGCUGGUCGUCUGCCUCCAGCUGGGCUGUUAGAAAGACUUUGCCGGCUGAUGUACAGAAUUAUUACUCUAGAAGAGGGAGGAAUUCUUCGGGCCCACAGUCCGGAUGGAUGAGACAAGAAGAAGAAACCACUGAGCAAGAUCCUAACCUCAAAGACCAAACAAAUCAACAAGGUGAUGGCUCUCAGCUACCUAUAAAUAUGAUGCAGCAGCAAAUGAAUGUAAUGCAACAGCAAAUGAAUGCCCAACACCAGCCUAUGAAUAUCUUCCCAUAUCCAGUGGGUGUUCAUGCUCCUUUGAUGAACAUCCAGCGUAAUCCAUUUAACAUUCAUCCUCAGCUACCCUUGCAUCUCCAUACAGGAGUGCCUCUCAUGCAGGUAGCCGCUCCCACCAGUGUGUCUCAGGGACUACCACCUCCACCACCCCCUCCCCCGCCAUCCCAACAAGUCAACUACAUUGCUUCACAACCAGAAGGAAAGCAAUUGCAGGGUCUUCCUAGUGCUGCUCCUGUAGGUAACAACUUGAGCGCAGCAGCCUUGCCUGCCCCAGCAGCCGCCGUGGGAACCGUGGGAAGCGUUCAGGGACCAAGUUCUGGUAAUGCGUCUGCGGCGAGUCACAGCAAAGCCUCUAAUGCUGCUGUCAAAUUGGCAGAAAGCAAAGUAAGUGUUACAGUGGAAGCCAGCGCAGAUAGCUCGAAGACAGACAAGAAAUUACAGAUUCAAGAAAAAGCCGCCCAGGAGGUAAAACUGGCCAUUAAGCCGUUUUACCAAAAUAAAGAUAUUACCAAGGAGGAAUACAAAGAGAUUGUGCGGAAAGCAGUUGAUAAAGUAUGCCAUAGUAAGAGCGGCGAAGUGAAUUCUGCCAAGGUGGCAAAUCUGGUUAAAGCCUAUGUAGAUAAAUACAAACACUCGCGCAAGGGGAGCCAGAAGAAAAACCCAGAAGAGCCCGUGCCUGCUGAAAAAUGAGUCGGAGACAAGGAGCGCAGUUAAGGACACUGUCAAGAUCUCUGCGAAGUGCAAUUUCCACUGAAAAUCGUACACAACUGUGAUUGAAAUCUGGUUUUGAUAAAAUUAUUUUUUAUGUAGGAUAUAAUGUUUUGUUCUAAAUAAAUAUAGUUCUGCACUGCAGCUUCUUUAUCCCUUUUUUCAAAAGCAAAUUUAAAGGGAAAGUAAAAGGUUUAAAGGAGAGUGCAUUUUUACUCGGAACGUGCUGUUUGUGUGGAGACUAGAGGUUGUACAGCAUUUUGACUUGAACGAUGACGUGCAUAAAUUAGAAACUUUCCAAGUGCAUUGGUUUUGGAGCAGGUAUGUACAGUACAUGUAAUCUGUCAGGAUAAAGAUAUUAAAGUAAGAUUUUUUUUUUUCUGUUUGAUUUGCCCUCUGAUUGUAGUAAAGAGAACCUAACUGUUAUCGCCAUGAAAAAUAUUUCUAGUGUUAACUAGACAGGCUGAUUGCGGGGUUGACGAUGUGUAUUUAAAAAAGCACAUGACUGUGCCUGAGUAGAGAAAUGAUUUAGAUAGUAUUACAGAUUAAUCAUAUACAACAGUAAGAUUCGGUGUCCAGAAGUCUUUGCUCUCGAACAUGGGCACUGUACACCUAUUGUAACACCAAAUAAAGGUUAUGCUGCUUGUU